ACUUCCUCACAGAACGAGACUCAGAAGAAUAAGGAGGACGGCAGGAAAGUCUCCCACAUAUGUCUUUUAUUUCUAUGUAAAUCCAAAUCUAUCACGGCAGCAGCUGCUUGGGACUCUGUGAUGCUUUCUUGUGCAGCGCAGAGAGUCUGGCUCCAAAGGGAGAGCCGUCUGGUCUGCCCGUUCGAGAUGACAUGGCAAGUAAUCCUCGCAUGACUGUCUUUAUUUCCUUCCUUCUAUCACAGUCUGUUCACAUCAGCAUUCUCCAGGCGCGUGUCAUUUUUGUGUUCAUGACGGCAGCCACAGUAGUCCCUUCUCUAUGGGAAAUGGCCCCAGUGGAGAAGGAGAGACUGUGUGCAGACGGGUUCACAACCAUGAAACCAUCCACGUCUUCUCUGACCAGAGACAACAUCAAGGAAUUUGCAGCACGGUCCAAGAGCAUGGUGCUUGGAGAGCUGUCCCGGGUGUCCAGGCCCUGCUCUCCUCUGGACCAGGAGAAAGCUCUGAAGGUCGGCUGGCUGAAGAGACAGCGGAGCAUCAUGAAAAACUGGCAGCUGCGUUGGUUUGUCCUCAGGACCGAAGCUCUGUAUUUCUACAAGGACCAGGAUGAAACCAAGGCACAGGGUUGUAUUCCUCUGCAGGGCAGUCAGGUCAAUGAGCUGCCCGCCAAUCAGGACGAGCCUGGUCGUCAUCCGUUUGAGAUCGUUCCAGGGGUUGCUGGAGAAAAGGAUCGGACUGGUAUGAGCCACGAAUCAUACCUGCUGAUGGCCAACUCUCAGACGGACAUGGAGGAAUGGGUCAGAGCGAUACGUAGAGUCAUAUGGGCUCCACUAGGAGGAGGCGUCUUCGGGCAGCACCUAGAGGAGACAAUGUUGUACGAGGCCCAGUGUGGCCCUCAGCGACUGGUCCCCGUGCUGGUUGAACAGUGUGUCUGUUUCAUACGGGAACAUGGGCUCGAGGAGGAGGGCCUUUUCAGGGCCUCUGGACAGACCAAUCAUGUUCGAGAGCUGCAGGACGCAAUCGACCGGGGCGAGAAGCCGGUGUUUGACGGUACCACAGAUGUCCACACAGUGGCGUCGCUGUUAAAGCUGUACAUUCGGAAGCUGCCAGAGCCCAUAAUCCCAUUCUCCAAAUACACACAGUUCCUCUCCUGUGCUCAGCUUCUUACCAAGGAUAAAGCAAUGGGUAUCUCAGAGCUAGGAAAACAGGUGAAAUCUCUUCCUCAGGUCAACUACAACCUCCUUAAAUACAUCUGCAGGUUUCUUGAUGAGGUUCAGUCGCACUCCAAUGAGAACAAGAUGAGCGUUCAGAAUCUGGCAACUGUGUUCGGACCCAAUAUCCUUCGGCCCAGAGUGGAGGAUCCAGUUACCAUGAUGGAGGGAAGUUCACAGGUGCAGCACCUGAUGACUGUGCUGAUCAGCGAACACCUUCAACUUUACCAACGAGAGGAGGCUGAAACUGAGACCAGGACUCUCCCUCAGCAACAGCAGAGCGCUAUGCAGCGGUGUAAAGUGGAAUGGCUCUCACAAGAAGACACUGACACCCCAACCUCCUCUGGACCAGUCACCAAACCCCAAGAAAAUCCCCAAUCUUCCACCUCCUGCGCAGACACUAAGCCGACCGCACCGAGUCCUGUUCUGACAAAGGAGAAGAGUGAGGAUGGUCAGAUUGAAGGGAAGGGCGUCAGUAAGACAGAGGAGAAAGUGGACGAAAAAGACGACGGUAAAAGUGAAGGGAAAGGUGGAAGUGAUGUAGCUGUUAGCCCCAGUAAGCAGUCCAAAGCCCCGCCCUCCUGGAGGACCUCCUUCAAGGGCGGUGCAGCAUCUGCAGGGCCGAAGGUGAAGAUCGGGGGGUCGGCGGGAGACGUUUCAGCAGCUGGUGGGACCAACUGGCUGAUGAAUGGCCUGUCGUCUCUCCGAGCUCACAGGCGCACCACCUCAUCAGGUGAAAGACUUAAAGACUCUACACUCUCUCUUAAAGAGACCACUCUUUCACUUAAGGACACGCAGAGAGACUCUGAUGAAGACUCUCCUCAAACCUCUCUCUCUCACAGAGUUCUCCUUCAAUCCCACAGACUGUCUGCCUAUGACAAUGUCGCCCCCUCCAGUCUUAGCCUGCCCGCCGACACCUCCUCCCUCUGGACGUCCUUUGAGAUCUCAUUGGCCGAUCCGGAGGGAAGCGAUAAGGCGGUAAAAUCAGAGCAGGAUCAAGACAGGCCUACUGAGGUGAGGGACAGUACAAGUACUCUGGAUCAAAGUUUAAUCAGCACUGAGGAUGAACUUCCACAAACAAACGAGGAUUUCACCAGUAAGCUGGCCGAGCUGAAGCAGGAGCUGAAAAAACAGAGGACCAGCUAUGAAACCUGCAUUCGCAAGUUGGAAGAGUCCUGCUCUAAGUACCAGGCCCAGGUAAACCGUCUUGAGGAGGAGCUGGACCAGGAGAAGAAGAAGUUUAGCAUGCUGGAGAUCCGAUUCAGGAACUCGGAGCGGGCGCACCAAGACGCCGAGAACCGAAACGUUCUCCUCCAGCGGGAGAUGGAGGAGUUCUUCAAAACCCUGGGAGAUCUGACCACGGGUGCGACAAGGUCCAACUAGACCAGACCCAACCUGCCUUCAUCUGGUCCAUUUAGAGGCGGAGGAGGAGCUCGAUUGAUGGGAAGAUCAGCCAGCCCCAAAGCUUUGAAGACCAAUUACCUCUAGCGCAGUACAACUUACCAUCGUGUCCUCUUUAGGAUUGCCGUCUUGUGCCUACACUGAGCAGUGCCGGUGCCAAACGAGGGCUCCUCUGGACCAAGCACCCCCUUAAUUUACUAUUCCCCCAAAAACCUGUAAUACACCAUAGAUCAUGUAGUUGACUAGAUUAUUAUGAAAGUGAACCUAAAGGGCCUAGUACAGUGCCUCGCAUAAGUAUUUAAAAUCCUUGAAGUUUUGCAUUAAAACUACAAAUCAAAUUGAUUUUAUUGGGGGUUGUAUGUACAGGACCAUCACAAAAUUGUACAUAAGUCUGCUAUAACAUGGUUUAAAUAUAAAAUGGUAUGAAACCAUAAAAAUGAGGUGCAAAUAUUUGCCUUAAGGUUAAAUCAUGCACCCUCAAGUCGUCUCUUUUCAAACUGCUCUUGUUGAAUAAAUAGUGAAGAGCCUACAUAAGUCUAUUUGAAAUUCCAGUAUGUAACAAGGUAAAAAAAACAAGGGGUGGGAUGCUUAUGCAAGGCACCGUACACCAGGUAUGGAUUUACCAAAAACAUCCUGUUUAUUAGCAUUAGAAAUAGUAUUUGUGAAAAGAAAUGUUGUAGUCAAAGAAGCAACACAAGAGACAUUAAAAUUCAACUCUUUUUAUUUGCUGGAGUUGAAGGUAGACAGUUUCCAUUUCUGAUGUAUAUAAUUAGUCUGUUAGUGAGGCAAUUACAGAUCCAAAGGCUAAAAUGUACACAACUGGCCUUACCCAAUCACUCCACAACAGGUAAACUCUGCACUGUCAGUGUUUGUCCGAACCCCAUCAGAAGACUGCUGCAUCAUCCCAGAAGCGCUGAAUGGCUGUCCUUUUAUUUCCUCUAAAUGUACCUGCACUAAACCAGAUUUGCUCAGAGAAAACUCAUGCGUAAUCUAUUCUAUCUUUUCUAUUUUGGAGGAGAUGGGGGGGGGGGGGGACCACAAUAAGAGGAAGCCACAGCAUUGAUUUGAAAUGUGGCUUAGAAAGGGUUCGGGACAUGCGUCACAAUCCCCAAAGUGCAUUCUGGGAGCUGAUGCUAAGGGGGUGGGGUUAACUGUCUGGAGUGCCCAACCAUGAAAAAGGGCAAAGGGACAGGUUGGGGAAUUUGAGCCAUCAAAUACAUCCAAAGGUUAUCAUGGCAGGUAGCAAAUGCCUUUUUCCUGACUCAGAAACUAUACAUACAUCUACAGUCAAAUGUACAGAUCAAACACUGGCUAUACUAAUCUAUGAGUUAUAUUGCACAGAAAACAAAUAAAAAUGAAACAAAACCGCAUAUAAAUAGUACUUCUGAAUGAAAUGUACAUUACAUACAAUAGACGCCUCUGAGCUUGAAAUAAAUAAAUAAAUAAAUAAAUUAGAAAUACAGAAAACAA